GGGCGGGGGGUCACCGUCAUGGCGGCCGUGGUGGCGGGGGCACGGUGGCGGGCGGCAGCCUGCUUGCUUUCAUCUGUGGUUCGGCAACAGAGUUCCCAGAGCACGUCACUGCAGCAAGGACUUGUUGCCAAAACAUCUCUGACUUCACCCCCGUGGCCUGAAGUGAAACUUCCAGAUCCAGUAGAAGAAGCGAAGUAUCAUGCAGAAGUGGUACAAAAGGUGAACAAGAUGAUCGCAAUGGGGCAGUACGGAAGGCUCUUUGCUGUGGUCCACUUUGCCAGCAAGCAGUGGAAAAUAACUAGUGAAGACUUGAUUAUGAUGGACAAUGUUCUGGAGGCUGAAUGUGGAGACCGAAUCCGGAUGGAAAAGGUUUUACUGGUUGGCGCUGAUGACUUCACACUUAUUGGAAGGCCGCUCCUGGGGAAAGAUCUCGUCCGUGUGGAGGCUACUGUGAUUGAAAAGACAGAGUCGUGGCCAAAAAUUAACAUGCGCUUUCGGAGGAGGCACAACUAUCAAAAGAAGAAAAUCAUCGUGAACCCACAGACUGUCCUCCGGAUAAACACCAUAGAAAUUUUCCCCUGUUUGUCAUGAUUGAUCAGGUGUUGUGGGGCUUGGGUUUAUUAUUGCUUUAGGCAAUUACUGAAAUAAAACUGCCUUGUCAUUGGA